UUCUUUUUUACUCGUAACUUUUUACCCUGAUCUGUCUGACUGCGUGGCUGCUGUGUCGAGGGCUGAGAAGGUGGCCUGAAAGGAAGGAACACAUGGCAGGGGGCAGGAGAUGGCCGCAGCCCCAUGUGCCGAGCAGCCCGGGCCCGCGCCGGCCGUGAGGGCCGCAGCCAGGCGCUGUCCCUGAGGCGAGGAGCGCAGGCACCGCCAUGGCCUCAUCCCGCCGGGCCCGGCACGCCGGCCCUCCCGACGGAGGCUGGGGAUGGAUGAUUGUCGCUGGCUGCUUCCUCGUCACCAUCUGCACUAGGGCCGUAACAAGGUGCAUCUCCAUUUUUUUUGUGGAGUUUCAGGCAUACUUUGGGCAGGAUUAUGCCAGAACUGCUUGGAUCCACUCCAUUGUGGACUGUGCUACGAUGCUUUGUGCCCCGCUUGGGAGUUUAAUCAGUAAUCAUGUAUCCUGCCAAGUUGGUAUCAUGCUAGGAGGGCUGCUUGCAUCUGCUGGACUAAUUCUGAGCUCAUUCGCCACCAGUCUGGAACAUCUCUACUUAUCAUUAGGAGUCCUCACAGGACUUGGAUUUGCACUUUGUUAUUCUCCAGCCAUUGCGAUGGUGGGCAAAUACUUCAACAAAAGGAAAGCGCUGGCGUAUGGAAUAGCCAUGUCAGGAAGUGGAAUUGGUACCUUCAUCCUGGCCCCUGUGGUCCAGCUCUUAAUUGAGCAGUUUUCCUGGCGAGGAGCUUUGCUCAUCCUGGGAGGUUUUGUACUAAACCUCUGUGUCUGUGGUGCCUUGAUGCGGCCUAUUUCUCUUAAGGAGGAUUGUAAAGCUGCUCCUGAGUUGCUUGAACAGAAUUAUGUCUCUGAAACAGGGAAACAAGACUUAAAGCGAAUGUCCAUCUCUUCACCUUUAAUCAAAUUAUGGCCUCGUGAAUGUUUAUGCUACUGUUCAUGGAAGGAAUAUGACUUUUUGCUGAUGCCAGGCUUCAUGGUGCUGGCAGUGUCAAUUUUAUUUAUGGCAUAUGGCUGCAGCCCUCUUUUUGUCUACCUAGUGCCUUAUGCUCUGAGUGUUGGAGUGAGUCAUCACCAGGCUGCCUUCCUCAUGUCCAUACUUGGUGUCGUAGACAUCAUUGGUAAUAUCACCUUUGGAUGGCUCACAGACAGAAGGUGCCUGAAGAAACAUCGGUACUUUUGCUACCUCUUUGCUGUGGGAAUGGAUGGCCUCUCUUGUCUUUUCCUGCCAGUUCUCCAAAGCUUCCCCUUGCUUGUGCCUUUCUCAUUUACCUUUGGCUACUUUGAUGGAGCCUAUGUAACGCUGAUCCCUGUUGUGACAGCAGAUGCAGUGGGAACUCCUUUGUUAUCAUCAGCACUGGGCGUUGUGUAUUUUCUCCAUGCCAUACCAUAUCUAGUGAGCCCACCUGUGGCAGGCUGGCUUGUGGACACAACUGGCAGCUAUACUGCAUCAUUUCUCCUGUGUGGAUUUUCUAUGAUAUUUAGUUCAGCACUAUUGUGCUUUGCAAGACUAGCAAAGAAAAUCAAAAGAACACAUUUGCCAUCCCUCACUGGUAACACAGCCUUGAAACAGCACAUCUGGACAAAUGGAGCAAUAGCUUAUUCUGUCACAGCAGAAUUAGACCAAAGGGAUGUUGAAUUUUUGGCUGUGGAUACAAACAGCUUCAGCAAGAGGUGACAAGUGCUGUUGAGAUUCAGUAGGGCACAACCUGAGACAGAUGUGGCUCAGUGGUGUUACACUGUUGAAUAUACUUCUCCUGUGAAACAAGACCUCUCAAUUAGAUUGUUCUGUCGUGUUUUAGUUGGCUUAAAUCUACAUACAGCAACAGUAAUACCAAGUUAAUGCAGUAAUAGAAGAAAGCUAGACUGAAAAUAGAGUUUGUAGAUACAAGUGUUCACAGAUUUAUUUGAAAUGCAAUGUUGACUCCACAGGCAUCAGUCACCAAAACUGAACAAUAACAUUUACAUUUAAAAAUACUAUUAAUGACCCAAGCUUUUUCAUUUUGUGGUCUAGUGUGUUUCAA